GCGCUCCCAGUGUUCCUUCCAUAACGACCAUGGCGGCAAGUGUGCCCACUGACCUUCUUAUCUCUCAACUGGGUCUUCAAACCCAUCCUGCAGGCGGUUACUUCUUAGAAACAGACCGACAGAAAACUGAGAUCGCCUCUCCAUUUCGACCUGAUGCAGCUCAGAGAUCACUUGCGACGACCAUCUAUUAUCUCUUAACGAAGGACAGCCCGACGGGUAUCAUUUUGAGAACCAAAGCUGUCUCGUACCACAUUCACCACCAAGGGCGGAUGGAAUACACCCUCAUCACACCCGGAAGUCCUCUCAAGAUCGAGAAGAAAAUUCUAGGCACCGACACCGCCAACGGCGAAUCCAGACUGAUCGUCGUAGACCCCGGAGUAUGGAAGUUUGCGAGACUUUUGCCAGAGGACCUAAAGGACGAAGCGAGGGCGAAGGAGGGAUGUCUGAUGACGAUGCUUCUUGUUCCUGGUUUUGACUUUGAGGACCAUGAGUUUCUGACGGCCGAGGGUCUUGAAUCGCUGUUUGGGGGUGGUGCCCAGGGUGGGAAAGAGUAUAUACAAGCGUUUUCUGACCAUGUAUGGAAAAAUUGAAAUGAAAGCGACUUUUUCUG